AUGUCUAUACGCCCUCUUGUCAGUUGUCAGUUGCCGCUGAGAAGGACCUCCAUUAGAUACACCAUUCUUAGACAUAACAAUGGGAUUCCCAAUGGAUGGCCACUUGGGCUUGGAAACAUGAACAUGAGAUUUGCAGCUGUGACUGCAGAAGCAGUACCUUAUGCUUCUCACAGAAUUCCUUCAUCAAGUUAUUCAUCGUACUCGUCCUCUAAUCUUGACACCGAGUCCACAGCAUCUUUCUUCCCGGACCAAAGUGUAUCACUAGGCAGGCUAAUUGGAAUCAGGCCAGGGAAUAUAGGAACCAUGCAUUGCCCAAACACGGUCAUGGGCCGACAACAUGGGAGCCUAAGGUCUCAGCCAGAUGCAUCAAAGUAUCCUCAAGAUUCUCAGGGACAUUGUGUUGCAUCAAAGUAUCCUCAAGAUUCUCAGGGACUUUGUGUUCCACUGCUAAAUAAUGUAAUAGGGAAGAUGAGCAGAAGUAGAAGCUGCUCAAAGCAUCGGAAACUUAGUAUAAUUCUGGAUUAA